AUAGAUAAACUUAUUGGUGUCCACUGUACUCAUGGUUUAAACAGGACUGGCUACCUCAUCUGCAGAUAUUUGAUUGAUGUAGAAGGCAUGAGGCCAGAUGAUGCAAUUGAAUUAUUCAAUAGGUGCCGGGGACAUUGCUUAGAAAGACAAAACUACAUUGAAGACCUUCAGAAUGGUCCCAUCAGAAAGGAUCGGAAUUCCAGUGUAUCCAGACCAAGUGCUCGUGAAUACUCAACAUAUAGGAUGGAACCAGUCCACACCACCAAUAAGGCUGUUAACCAAGGACCUAGCAAUAACAUACAUUGGACCCAAGGUUAUCCAACACCUCCUCGGCAUUUCCACACCCAGACCCGAGAUUCGCAGCAGUCAGUAAGAAAAUUUUCACAGAAUCAGUAUGUUUACCAGAGAGGCCAUAACCAUCCUCCUGGUCCCCCUGGGGAGGACUAUUCACGAAGAACGUACUCUUGGAAUGUAAAGCCAAAUGCCAGUCGAGUAGUCCAGAAUAAUAGGCGGUAUCCUGGCAGUUACUAUGGACUGUCCUAUCAGAGCUAUUGUGGAUGGACUGAGUGACACAAACCUAUCCUGAAAAUCUGUCUGGAGACAGCAGAACAGAAGACAGCUGGAGUGACUUUUUAUAAGAUCAGGUCAAAUGAGGUUUAUAAAUCUAUUUUAUUUCUCCCUUAUGUGUUCAAACUUAAGCAAAACUUAUAUUGAUACUUAACUCUUUGCUGAUAAAUUUGCAGUAUUUGCAACAGUGAAGAAAGUAAUCUGUUGUUCCAGUCUUAAUUUUUUUUAAAAGAUGUUAUUUCAGACUGAUAAAGUAAUAAAGAACAUCCCUUGUACAUAAUUUUAAAAAAUUCUAUCUUUUCUAUGUAUUUUCUUUUGACUAGACUUGUGAUAUGGAUGUGUAUGUACAAAAAUUUUUAGUCACGUUCUAUUUUGCCAUGUUCUAUUAUUGACCCAAUCAUUAAGGGUGUCUUUUUUUAACCCUAACUGUUCAAGAUUUCUAUUAAAAUCUACCUAGGAAACAA